CUUCACACCCCUGACUCUCUCUCUCAUUCUUUUUUCCAAAUCCCUAAUCCUUUCUUUCUCUGUAUAAAUACUCAACAGACGCGUCAGUUGCGAAUGAAAGACUGAAGAAGAGUCAGAGAAAGAGAGAGAAAGCUCUAUUCUCCAAAGCCAAUGCUCUCUAGAGCGAUUGAGGAAACAAAACUAAUAUAUAAUUCUCAGAAAUUCUGUAGAACCUUCCGAUCUGGGCUGCCAAUCUUUGUUUCCGGGGUUUGCAUGCUCAACUGCUAUCGAUCUGUGAAGCUCUAAAUCUGUGUGGUAGUUUUAUUCGGGUUCCUCAGCUGCACAGCCAUGUCUUCGCUUAGCAGAGAACUAGUGUUUCUCAUACUUCAGUUUCUCGACGAAGAGAAAUUCAAAGAAACCGUUCACAGGUUAGAGCAAGAGUCAGGGUUUUUCUUCAAUAUGAGGUAUUUUGAGGAUAUGGUGACCAGUGGGGAGUGGGAGGAGGUGGAGAAGUACCUCUCCGGUUUCACGAAGGUUGACGACAAUAGGUACUCGAUGAAAAUCUUCUUCGAGAUUCGCAAGCAGAAGUACCUCGAAGCUUUAGACAAGGGGGAUCGUGCUAAAGCUGUGGAUAUUUUAGUUAAGGACUUGAAAGUGUUCGCGGCAUUUAAUGAAGAGCUUUUUAAGGAAAUUACGCAGCUAUUGACUUUGGACAACUUUCGAGAUAACGAACAGCUGUCUAAAUAUGGAGAUACUAAAUCUGCUAGGGGUAUAAUGCUUGCAGAACUAAAAAAGUUGAUAGAGGCUAACCCCCUUUUUCGAGAUAAGCUUCAAUUUCCUCCCUUGAAGAACUCGAGAUUGCGAACACUAAUUAAUCAGAGUUUAAAUUGGCAGCAUCAACUUUGUAAGAAUCCAAGGCCUAACCCUGACAUUAAGACACUAUUUGUAGACCACAGUUGCGGAACACCUAAUGGUGCACGGGCCCCAUCUCCCGUCACGAAUCCCUUAAUGGGUGGUGUCCCUAAGGCUGGGGUUUUCCCGCCACUGAGUGCUCAUGGUCCAUUUCAGCCCACACCGGUUGCUCUUCCAACAUCUCUUGCUGGAUGGAUGGCUAAUCCGUCUCCUGUGCCUCACCCUUCAGCCUCUGCAGGACCCAUCGGUUUGACUGCUGCUAACAACUCAGCCAUCUUGAAGCGCCCUAGAACGCCCCCUACCAAUAACCCAGUUAUGGACUAUCAAACAGCUGAUUCUGAGCAUGUGUUGAAGAGACCAAGACAUUUUGGAAUAUCAGAUGAGGUCAACAAUCUGCCAGUAAAUAUUCUGCCUGUGGCAUACACCCCCCAAAGCCAUGGUCAAAGUUACCAUGGUACCGACGAGUUGCCCAAAACUGUUGUUAUGACUCUAAAUCAGGGUUCAGCUGUCAAGAGUAUGGAUUUCCAUCCAGUGCAACAAAUUCUUCUUCUGGUUGGAACAAACAUGGGUGAUGUCAUGUUAUGGGAGUUAGGUAGCCGUGAAAGGAUUGCUCUUAGAAAUUUUAAAGUAUGGGAUCUUGGAGUAUGUUCAAUGGCCCUGCAGGCAUCUCUGACCAAUGAUUAUACAGCAUCAGUAAAUCGCAUCUCAACUUUGAGUGCAUCUCUAAGGGUUCCGCUAUUGGGAAGAGAACCAACGUGGGGCUGCAUCUAA